UCAGACUUUGGCCGGAGAGAAGUGCGUCUACUUCACUUCGGAGCGAAUUCUCUCUGUUUUGUUUCGCUUUUAUAGCUUUUUCGUCGUUUUAUUUUCAAGUCGAAGUUUGCCAGCGUUUUUUCCAGGAUGGUUAAAGUGUCUUUUAGCUCCGCUUUGGCCCAGAAAGAUGUGAAAAAGGACGCCGAAACUCUUAUUCCCGAGGAGGACAAAGAUGCAGAGGCAGCUCUGCCGGUGCGUCACCAGUCCCGGGCCUGGUGUUGGUGCAUGUGCCUGGGUCUCGCUCUCAUGCUGUCUGGCGUGGUGGUCGGAGGAGCCUACCUGUACCGCUACUACAUCCUGGAGGUGAGCUACCAGCCUCAACAGGGGUGGGAAGAAGAGGAGGGCGAGGUGUUUGUGUGCGGGGUGAACUACCGUGAGGAAGACUUCAUGAUCCGGGAGGAAGAGGAGGUUGAGGUGGACCUGCCAAACCAGUUCCAUCUGCGGCAGUUGGAGGAGAGGAUCCGGGUGCUGGAGAGGGAGCAGGUGGAGCUCAUCAAUGUCCCUGUGCCCGAGUUCAGCGACGGAGAUCCAGCUGACAUCGUCCAUGACUUCCACCGGAGGUUGACUGCCUACCUUGACCUUAGUCUGAACAAGUGCUACGUCAUCCCGCUCAACACCUCCAUCGUCAUGCCUCCCAGAGACCUUUUGGACCUGCUCGUCAACGUCAAGGCUGGCACCUACCUGCCUCAGUCCUACCUGAUCCAUGAGGAGAUGAUUGUGACGGAGCGCCUGGAGCACGUCGACCAACUCGGCUACUUCAUCUACAACCUCUGCCGCGGCAAAGACACCUUCAAGCUGCAACGCAGAGACAGGAUCCUGGGUAUGCAGAAGCGUGAAGCUAUGGACUGCCACAAGAUUCGUCACUUCGAGAACAAGUUUGUGGUUGAAACUCUGAUCUGUCAGCCUUAAGAGACCUCGUAGCCUCACAACUGCUCUUAAAGUCACUGGCGUGCAGUGAGAUCUGUGUUUUAAUCCUCACCUGUCUUCUUUUUUUUUCCUGUAUUGUACUUCAGGUAGUUUGAGUGAGUGAGAGGAGUGAAAUGUGAAGCUCUUUGGUAAAUAUUCAUUGAUUGUGAUAAAAAAAAAAUAGGUGAAGAGUUGUGUAUUUUUCCACUUUUCUGUACGGGGAUCUUCUUGGAAUCUUUUCAUAAAAUAGUUAAAAGUCAGCUGAGUAUAAAAAUGUAAAUUAUUUUAAUCAAAAAUAAUUAUAGCAUGAACGUGUAUUUAGACGAGGGUAAAAGUAGUUUGCCUUUCUUUCAGUCCAAACAUAAAAUUUCAAGAGAAAGGGCGACUUUUGUACCACUCACCCUGGCUGCUGAAGCAGAUCAGUCCAGGGAGGCUUUUUUUGUUUUUUUGUAUUUCGUCUGCUGUAGCUAUUAAUACACUGCACCUGUUGUUUCUUAACUGGAAAAUUAUCUUAAAAUAAGAGUG